AAUUAAUACUUAAGGGGAUCCUUGCCGAGUGAAGCGAGAACUUGGGGAAGCUAAAAUGGAAGAUAACUUCCGACCGACGGUAAUGGUGACGAACGACGAUGGAAUGGACGCGCCUGGAUUAAGAGCUCUUGUUACUCUCCUUGUUUCCACCAAUCGUUUUCACAUCCUCGUUUGUGCGCCUGAUUCUGAAAAGUCAGCUGUUAGUCAUAGCAUUACUUGGCGUCAUGCCCUUUCUGUUAAGCAAGUUGACAUCAGCGGAGCAACAGCCUUUGCAGUUUCAGGAACUCCAGCAGACUGUACUUCCUUGGGAAUCUCCAAAGUGCUUUUCCCUUCAGUACCUGAUCUGGUUAUCAGUGGUGUUAAUAUGGGUGACAACUGCGGCUAUCACAUAGUAUACUCGGGUACGGUGGCUGGCGCUAGGGAGGCUUUCUUCAAUGGUAUUCCUGCUGUGUCUAUAUCAUAUAACUGGUUAAUGGUUAGAAGUUUUUCAGUGAUCAGAGGGAGCAGGGAUGAAGGGAGGGAAUCAAUAGCUAAUAUCACAUAUACAUGUUUUUCUUCCAUAACGUAUCUCAUGGAGGUUCGUGGAAAAAGCAAUGUUAAUGACUUCACACUGGCUGCUAAAGCUUGCUUACCUAUAAUCAGCGCUAUAUUGGCUGAAAUCAAGAUAAAGCACUAUCCUCAGAAUUGCUUUCUCAAUAUUGAUGUCCCAACCGAUGUUAUCAAUCACAAGGGAUACCGUCUGACUAGACAAGGAAAAAGUCUUAGGAAAAUGGGAUGGAGGCAAGUCACUUCUGAAACAGGAGGAGAGAAAAUUUUGUCCACAAUGACUAUGGAGAUGACGAAUUCAUCAGAAAGUACAGAUGCUAGAGUUUUAAAAAAUUCUGCACCAGAUCAUCUACUGUUUAAGAGACAAGUUACUGGAAUUCUAGUGGAGAAUGGUGAUACAGAUUAUUGUUCUCUCCAAGAAGGAUACAUAACUGUCACACCCCUUGGCGGUUUGUCUCCAGCAGAGCUAGAUGCUUUUUCAUUCUUUCAGAAUUGGCUGCCCAAUGUUGCUGGUCAUUACCCUUCCUCUGCUUUAUAGUGCUGUUAUCAUGAUCAAUUUGCCAGAAGAAAAGUUUGUAGAGAUGAGAUGAGAUAAAUGGACUCGAGUCUUAAUGAGUCUACACAGAAUGGAAUAAGUUGUGCAUUUGCAUGCAUGUGAUUUCAGAUUUGGGCGUCCUCUCCCUGGUUAGAAUUCGGAUGUAUCUUUUUUCACUUUCUGCAAGAUAUCCUCUAUGAUUCUUCAUAGACAUUUACUAAGAUCAUAUAAUAUAAUUUAAAUUAUUACA